AUGGCGACCGCUAGACUCAUCGAAUCAGCACUGUACCUAUCCUACCGCCGUAUCACGCCUCGGAUCGUCGGACCUCGGCCAGUACUCCCGCCGCCCCAAGCUGGACCUUCGACUCGCUCACUCCGUCUGCGACCUUUUUCUUCCUCUUCGCCCCGGCACGACCAACCCAAAGACGAUGAGAUUCCCUAUAGCGAAGUUCACACUGUGAAUGAUGAUGGGAGACUGAACGGAUUGGUGCCGUUACAUCGUAUUCGAGCCGCAGUGAACCUACAGACACACCAUGUCGUACUCGUGUCUGAGGACCCGCCAGUCGUCAAAGUCAUUGCCAAAACUGAUUUACAAGCUUUCGAGAGGAGACGAGAGGCGGACCUCAAAACGGCUAAGAAGCUCCAGAUCCAAGAGAAGGAAGUUCAAAUAUCUUGGAGUGCUGCCGAUGGCGAUAUACAAACGAAAUUAUCACAGGCCAAGAAUCACCUGGCGAAAGGGGACAGAGUCUUGUUGAUCUUUGCACCGAGACAGGGGUCAAAGAAACGUGCUUUACCGGAACGAAUGGAACACAUCGUCGGACUCUUUGAUAAGGGAUUGGAAGAUACAGCUGAGAAAUGGAAAGACGACGAGUUCAAAGGCAGGGUGGUCACGAGUCACUGGCAGCCUCUGAAGACCGUCGCUGCGGCCCUCAAAAACAAGGUAUUGGAACAAGAGGAUAACAAGGCCAGAAGCAAGGAUGAGAAGAAGGAGCAGAGGAAACGGGAGGCUAGAGCGAGACAAGAGUUGGCCAUGAAGCGUAGGAGAGAAGAAGAAGAGGAGACCAGGCGGGUGUUGGAAGCUAGACAGAGGGAGUUGGAUGAGAUUGCAGCGAAGGAGCGGGAAGGACAGUAG